UACAUCUUGGACCUGACUCCAGUCCUCCAAACUAUUCCUCGGGUCUCCCGUGAUCAGGCAGGAAAAUGUACAGAAUGCUCCUGUUUUCUGUCUCCCAGUUACUUCCUGCCUUGUGACCACACAGCCCUACUUGACAGGGUGCUCUGCAGAUCUGAAGGACUGGACUUUCUGACCACACAGCAGUGCUACUGAGGACGGUUUCUCUAGAAGGUCUGUCACCUAAAGCAGUGAAAAUGGCCCGAGGAUCAGUGUCUGAUGAAGAAAUGAUGGAGCUCAGAGAGGCUUUUGCCAAAGUCGAUACUGAUGGCAACGGCUACAUCAGUUGCAAUGAGCUGACUGACUUGUUCAAGGCCGCCUGCCUGCCUCUGCCUGGGUACCGCGUGAGAGAGAUCACAGAGAACCUGAUGGCCACGGGUGAUCUGGACAAAGAUGGGAAGAUCAGCUUUGAUGAGUUUAUCAAGGUCUUCCAUGGCCUAAAAAGCACCGAGGUUGCCAAAACUUUCCGGAAAGCCAUCAACAAGAAGGAAGGGAUCUGUGCUAUUGGGGGCACCUCUGAGCAGUCCAGCGUGGGCACCCAACAUUCCUACUCAGAGGAAGAAAAGUAUGCCUUCGUCAACUGGAUAAACAAAGCCCUGGAGAAUGACCCUGACUGCCGACAUGUCAUCCCUAUGAACCCCAACACCGAUGAUCUCUUCAAUGCUGUGGGGGACGGCAUAGUUCUUUGUAAAAUGGUCAACCUGUCAGUGCCAGAUACAAUUGAUGAGAGAACAAUCAACAAAAAGAAGCUCACACCUUUCACCAUUCAGGAAAACUUGAACUUGGCUCUGAACUCGGCCUCGGCCAUUGGGUGCCACGUGGUUAAUAUAGGGGCCGAGGACCUGAAGGAAGGGAAGCCUUACCUGGUCCUGGGACUCUUGUGGCAAGUCAUCAAGAUCGGGCUGUUUGCUGACAUUGAACUCAGCAGAAAUGAAGCUCUAGUUGCUCUUCUGAGAGAAGGAGAGAGCCUAGAGGAUUUGAUGAAGUUGUCUCCUGAAGAACUCCUGCUGAGGUGGGCUAACUACCAUUUGGAAAAUGCAGGCUGCAACAAAAUCAGCAACUUCAGCACUGACAUCAAGGACUCCAAAGCUUAUUACCACCUGCUGGAGCAGGUGGCUCCCAAAGGAGACGAAGAAGGGAUCCCGGCCGUUGUGAUUGACAUGUCCGGAUUGAGGGAGAAGGAUGACAUCCAGAGGGCAGAGUGCAUGCUGCAGCAGGCAGAGAGGCUGGGCUGUCGUCAGUUUGUCACGGCCACAGAUGUUGUCCGAGGAAACCCCAAGUUGAACCUGGCUUUCAUUGCCAACCUCUUUAACAAGUACCCAGCCUUGCACAAACCAGAGAACCAGGACAUUGACUGGGGGGCGCUUGAAGGUGAGACGAGGGAAGAGCGGACGUUCAGGAACUGGAUGAACUCCCUGGGGGUUAACCCUCGAGUCAAUCAUUUGUACAGUGACUUGUCGGAUGCCCUGGUCAUCUUCCAGCUCUAUGAAAAGAUCAAAGUCCCUGUCGACUGGAACAGAGUAAACAAACCUCCAUACCCCAAGCUGGGGGGUAAUAUGAAAAAGCUUGAAAACUGUAACUAUGCUGUGGACCUGGGGAAGAAUCAGGCCAAGUUUUCCCUAGUUGGCAUCGCAGGACAAGAUCUCAAUGAAGGGAACCACACUCUCACGUUGGCUUUGGUUUGGCAGCUCAUGAGAAGGUACACACUGAAUAUCCUGGAAGAUAUUGGCGGUGGGCAGAAGGUCAAUGAUGACACUAUUGUCAACUGGGUAAAUGAAACCCUGAGGGAGGCCCAGAAGAGCUCGACCAUCUCUAGUUUCAAGGACCCAAAGAUUAGCACCAGCCUCCCGGUUCUGGAUCUCAUUGAUGCCAUUCAACCAGGUUCCAUAAACUAUGACCUUCUAAAGACGGAGAACCUGGAUGAAGAAGAAAAACUCAACAAUGCAAAGUAUGCCAUCUCCAUGGCCCGAAAGAUCGGAGCAAGAGUGUACGCCCUUCCGGAAGACCUGGUCGAAGUGAACCCCAAAAUGGUCAUGACCGUCUUUGCCUGCCUCAUGGGGAAAGGGAUGAAGAGGGUGUGAGACCCAGGGCUGCAAGCCAGAAGGUGACACACUCAACCCUGAGGGUCGGCACAGCGUGCUCCCAGGACACAGAGGACCCUGCAAGCCAUCCCAAAACCCUGAACCUUAGAGACAUUGUACGAGAUACCAGAAAGCGCAAAUUUGUUCAGCCAAGUAGCUUCUACUAUACUUAACAAUAUGUGCUUUUCUCUUCUUUUUUCUUCAGAAGAUCCACUCUCUUACAGAUUUUUUUUUUUACUCUUUGAAAUUCUA